AUGACGUCGGACCAGCCUCUCGCGGCGGCCACGGCUGCUGCCGCCGCCGCCGUCGCCGCGCCUGUCGAUGCCGCCUCGCCCGCGGAGCCUCUCAAGCAGCCGCCGCCAGAGAAGCCGUCGGAGACGCGACGGCGGUCCCUUGUCGUCCUCUCCUUUUGGCUCGUCGUCGUCGUCGUCGGCCUGCCCAUCUGGUGGAAGACGACGACCAUCUACCGCGCCCACCUGCCUUUGGAUCGUAUGCUGCAGUGGGCCGAAGGCAAGGCCUGCCGCCCCGUCUUCCCCCUCCAGAUAUCCGUCCACGCCCCCUCCCUCGCCGACCACGAUGCCCAGCACCUCGUUCGCCUCACCCAACACGCCCUCGACGACCUCGACGACUUUUCCGUCCAUCACCUGCGCCUGCAGCUGGCCGUCAACAACACGACCACGUCCGAGGAACAAGAACCCGCCCUGGCCAUCCGCCUGUCCCCCGGCCAAGCGAGCUCGGCGUCGCUCAACCCCGAAGCCGCCGUGCUCGACGUCACCUACGCCCCCAACUCGAUUCCGCCCCUCAACUCGGGCUCGUCAGCCUUGGCUUCCCUUGUGGCCAACCAGCUGCGCUCCGCCUUCACUGAGGAGCAGUCCAUCAUCUCGUACCUGCUCUCCACAUCGUCCAUGUCGUCGGCCGUCCGCCCGCAGGCGCUGAGCCCCGAGGUGGCCGACGCGCUCUCGAAGCGCACCACGAAGUCUCUCCGCUACGCGCCAACCUACCACCUCACUUUUUCCCUCUUCACCGACGGCGCCGUGCCCAACACGUGGGACGUCGAGGCGGCCAUUGAAGAGUACAUGAAGCCCGUGCUCGACGUGCUGGGCCCCAUCCACAACUUCACCAUUGACACGCAACUGCAGCUGUACGCGACGCCCGGGGUGCAGUCACAAGUGCUGAGCAAGGAGCACCUGGCCUCCUUUAUCAACGCGGCCGAGUGGCCUCUGUCGCCGUCGAUUGGCGGGGCGCCGACGGUCAACUUUGUUGUCUUUGUCGGCAACCAGACGAUUGGGCUCGAGGCGGCUACAUCGCAGUCGUGGACGAUUCCGCAGUGGGGCACCGUGUACCUGCUGUCGCUGCCGCCGACGGCGACGCACGUGUCGCGUGAGACGCUCAAGCAGCCGAUGCUAACGUUUGGCGGACAGCUGCUGUCGCUGCUGGGCACGCCGCAGACGGGGUCGCUGCCGCUGCGGCUGUCGGCGCUGGCCCGGAUCCGGGCGACGGACCUGCUGCUACGGGCGUCGUCGUCGCUGGGCUCGCUGGCGCGGCUGUCGCGGGCGCUCGCAUCCAUCUCGAUCCCGCGCAGCGUGGCCGAGGGCGUGUCGACGACGCUCGAGCACCUGGAGCGCGCGUGCGGUAGCCUGAGCGGGCCCGAGGGCCUGCUGCACGCGCGCAUCGCCGAGGCCGAGGCGGAGCGGGCCUUUUUCGAGAAGAGCAUGGUGGGCCAGCUGUACUUUCCCGACGAGCACAAGAUUGCCGUCUACCUGCCGUUGCUGGGGCCCGUCGGGGUGCCGCUGGUGCUGGGGCUGGUCAACGAGCUGAAGAAUUGGUGGAGGAGGCGGAAGCAGCAGCGAGCUCGCCGUGAAGAGGCGGCGGGAGGAGAGAAGAAGCGCCAAUAG